GCACCGGGCUCUCCGGCUGCGCAGCGACUGUUCUACUGCGGCCUCGCUGCCGAAGAGAUGACGGAACGCCUUUGUGUGUGGCAGGAGACUGGCGCCCAGCAGCUCUCGCGCCCACCCCUCCGCUGAAUGUUUUCCCCUGUCGCUACGCGAGGUGCAGACGAGCACGAGGGGGCGGGGGGAAACCCCGUGUGCUCGUGACAGGCCGUAAUAGGCAAGAACGCGGCGCCGCGCGCGGGCAGAAGCGGUCGGACUCGCGUUUCUGUCCGCGCUCCUGGCACUGGUCGGCGCGCGCUCCCUGGGAACGAGCCGUAGGAACACCCCUCGCUUAUCUCCGCAGCAAAAGCGGCGCGGUAGCGUUCCUCGCCCCGAACAGCAGCAGCCACACGCCACAUCCCUCCCUCCCUUCCUCUGUCCCCGUCCUGCAGCGCCUGCUGGGCGCGAGCUGGCCGGGGCUGCAGUGCAUGCCGGAGCUUGUAGUCCCGGCCGAGAGUCCUGAAAGGUUAAAACCCAACGAAAGCAAAGGGAAAUUAUUCCCCCUCUCAAAUGCCGGCAUAUCCCAUAGAUAAACAAAAUUUAUUCUUCAGAGCGCAUUUUCCAUUUUCACGAUCUGCCUUAUAAGGUGCAACCCCACCCCGGUCGUUCUGCGGGGGAAGGGAUACGACAUGCUCCGUGGAGCUGCCAGGACCUGCUCGUCCCGUCGUGCCCCGCGCCAAGAUGUCGGCGGCUAUAGCCGCGCUCGCUUCGUACGGUGGCUCCGAUUCGGACCCCGACUCUGAGCCCGAGGCUGAGAGUGGCUCCCAGCGCGCUGUUGUGCUCGCCAGCCGCGACGCUGUGCUGCACCUCCGGGCGCCGCCCGCUGUCCCUUCGGCCCUGGCCGUCGACGCGGCUCCGGAAGUAGCCGUGAAGGAAGAUGUGGAAACAGGAGUCCAUCUUGAUCCUUCUAUCAAGGAAGUUCAAUACAAUCCCACUUAUGAUACCAUGUUUGCCCCUGAGUUUGGACCAGAAAACCCAUUUAGGACUCAACAAAUGGCUGCACCUAGAAAUAUGCUUUCUGGAUAUGCAGAACCAGCUCAUAUCAAUGAUUUCAUGUUUGAACAACAAAGAAGAACAUUUGCAACCUAUGGUUAUGCAUUAGAUCCCUCUAUAGAUAACCCUGAAGUUUCUACCAAAUAUAUUGGUUCUGUAGAAGAAGCUGAAAAAAAUCAAGGUUUGACAGUGUUUGAAACAGGACAAAGGAAAAUUGAAAAAAGGAAGAAAUUCAAGGAGAACGAUGCAUCUAAUAUUGAUGGUUUUCUGGGACCAUGGGCAAAGUACGUUGAUGAAAAAGAAGUAGCCAAACCAUCAGAGGAAGAACAGAAAGAGUUGGAUGAAAUAACGGCGAAGAGGCAGAAGAGAGGAAAACUGGAAGAUGAUAAACCUGGAGAGGAGAAGACUAUAUUACAUGUUAAGGAAAUGUAUGACUAUCAGGGGAGAUCUUAUCUUCACGUCCCUCAAGAUGUUGGAGUUAAUCUUCGUUCUACAGUGCCACCUGAGAAGUGCUAUCUUCCAAAGAAGCAAAUUCAUGUAUGGUCUGGACAUACAAAGGGUGUCAGUGCGGUUAGAUUGUUUCCUCUCUCUGGGCAUAUAUUGUUGUCAUGCUCUAUGGAUUGCAAAAUUAAGCUGUGGGAAGUAUAUGGUGAUCGAAGAUGUCUACGAACGUUUAUUGGACAUAGUAAAGCUGUUCGAGACAUCUGCUUUAAUAAUGCUGGCACUCAGUUUCUUAGUGCUGCAUAUGACCGCUAUCUUAAACUCUGGGACACUGAAACAGGGCAAUGUAUUUCAAGAUUCACAAACAGGAAAGUUCCUUAUUGUGUCAAGUUCAAUCCUGACGAAGACAAGCAAAAUCUCUUUGUUGCUGGAAUGUCAGAUAAGAAAAUUGUGCAGUGGGAUAUUCGAAGUGGUGAGAUUGUGCAGGAAUAUGAUAGGCAUUUGGGAGCUGUCAACACCAUUGUGUUUGUGGAUGAAAAUAGAAGGUUUGUGAGUACAUCCGAUGACAAGAGUUUGAGAGUCUGGGAAUGGGACAUUCCUGUAGACUUCAAGUACAUAGCUGAGCCAAGCAUGCAUUCGAUGCCAGCCGUGACUUUGUCUCCAAAUGGGAAAUGGUUAGCUUGCCAGUCGAUGGAUAACCAAAUUCUGAUCUUUGGAGCUCAGAACAGAUUCAGAUUAAACAAAAAGAAAAUUUUCAAAGGUCACAUGGUAGCUGGCUACGCUUGUCAAGUGGAUUUUUCACCUGACAUGAGCUAUGUGAUAUCCGGAGAUGCAGAUGGCAAACUUAACAUCUGGGACUGGAAGACAACAAAACUCUACAGCAGAUUAAAAGCCCAUGACAAAGUCUGCAUCGGCGCAGUGUGGCAUCCCCACGAAACAUCCAAAGUCAUCACGUGCGGCUGGGACGGUCUGAUUAAACUGUGGGACUAAAGAGGAGGCUACUAAAGACCUGAAGGUUAGAAAUGAAGAACUACUGGGAAUCCAGCAGUUGCCGGAGAAACUGCAUCAGCUGAAGACUCUCCACAAACUCUUAGUUUCUGUCUGUAUUUAACAAUAGCAUCAUGCCAAUCACUGAGUUUUAUCCUUGCAAGUAGUCCUCAGUUUCAAGAUUUUGCUUGUAAUGCUUGUGUGAGGUGGGUUUUUUUCCUCUUCCCAUAUGCUGUUAUGUUCCAGUAAGCAUGACACAUAGAUAAAAAAACCAAACAAAAAGAAAAUGGAAUAUUUCUUGUUCAGUUUGGAAGAUGUUGUAUUAUGAGCCCCACACAGGUUUUGGCAAUGUGCUGUAUAUACAUUUCACACUUUUUCUCUUUAAAGAACUUAUUUUUAAUAAAUCUUCUUUUUAUAAAAAGCCUGCUUCUCUUCAGAUUU